GCCUCCUCCUCCUCCACCUCCUCCUCCUCCUGCUGAGGGAUCACUAAGGAAGCCUCCUCAGACUCUCACUCACCAGUACAGAGACAGCUCCAGCUCAGAGUAUGGAGGCCUGAUCCUCACUGCGGAGAUAGACAGAGACAUCCCCCACCACUACCCUCAUCAUCCAGAGCAUGACAGGAGUCUAUGAGAGAAGGGUCCCAGCCAUCAGAACCAGUGACUUCCACUCCUCCUUCCAGGCUCCCAGCAUCAUGCACCAUCCAUCCCAGGAUUCUCCUACCUUACCUGAGUCCUCGGCCACAGACUCUGGCUACUACAGCCCAGGAGGUGCCCACCCGCACCAUGGCUACUGCUCGCCCACCUCUGCCACCUAUGGGAAGGCUCUCAACGCUUACCAGUACCAGUACCAUGGAAUGAGUGGAUCUGCUGGGAGUUAUGCUGCCAAAGCCUAUUCCGAGUACAGCUAUGGGAGCCCCUACCACCCCCACCACCAGUACAGCGGGGCGUACAACAGGGUGCAGCCCCCCAGCAGCCAGCCAGAGAAAGAAGUGUCAGAGCCGGAGGUGAGGAUGGUGAAUGGGAAACCAAAGAAAAUAAGAAAACCCCGAACCAUCUAUUCCAGCUUCCAGCUGGCGGCUCUGCAGAGGAGGUUCCAGAAGACCCAGUACCUGGCACUGCCCGAGCGGGCUGAGCUGGCAGCCUCCCUGGGCCUCACCCAGACACAGGUAAAGAUCUGGUUCCAGAACAAAAGAUCUAAGAUCAAGAAGAUCAUGAAGAAUGGAGAGAUCCCCCCAGAGCACAGCCCCAGCUCCAGCGACCCCAUGGCCUGCAAUUCUCCACAAUCCCCUGUGGUAUGGGAACCUCAGGGGUCUUCCAGAUCUCUCAGCCAUCACCCCCACGUGCAUAGCCACCCCCAGACCUCCAACAACUCCCCUGCAUCCACUUACCUGGAGAACCCCAGCAUUUGGUACCCUGCAGCUAACUCCUUAAGUUCUCACCUACAGAACCACAGCUCCCUACAGCAUCCAUUAGCGCUGGCGUCUGGGACUCUCUACUGAAGAGCUCACAAUAACUCUCAUCAUCCUCUUCUUAUUUUGGCUCUGGACAAUCCUCCUCCUGAUUCAUUGGAGAUAAUACAGACAGAAUGUAUCAGAUGGAAUUUUUUUUUAAAGCGAAGUAUACUGUGUAAAGCUUGUGCAUGUAAUUUAUUGCAUUUAAGGAAACUCUUUUUUUUUUUUUUUUGCAUAUUAUUUUUUUUAAUUUUAUUUUAAUUUUAUUUUUUACUGAUGGACUUUGACGCAAUUUUGGACACUAUUCUUAAUGGUGCCUUCAAUCUAUGACCUCAUUUUUUUCCCAGAGAGACUUUGUUUUUUUAAUGUUAAUUGUAACCCCUGUAAAUAAAUGUAGAUAGAGGAAUGAAGCUGUAUAUUCUGGUUAAAUAAAAUUA